AUGGCGAUGAGAAAUAGCAGCACAUACGAAGAAGCGACUGAGAUUAAGCCUAAAAAAGAAGGGGUGAUGAUCAAGAGAUCGCUGAACAAAAGAUUUUGGACGGUCGUCAAUUACAAGCAAAGAUCGUUCGUGCUGAACGAGAAGUUCCUGGUGUACUACGAACUCGAGGAUGAUUCAUCGAAAUUGCUGAAGCGUGAAGAAAAAGGCCGAAUCCUUCUAGAAACUGUCCACACUGUAGAAAUUGCCACGAAUUUCUUCACAAAGGAAGAAAUCGGCGUUAGUGAAGAGGUAUGGCCAUUCCUUUUGGGUUAUCAGGUUAAGGGAAGGGACUAUUUAUUAUUCCUCUGCGCAUUGAGAAAGGAAGACAGGAUCGACUGGAUCUUAGCUAUUAGAGAAGCUUGUCUGAACAACAAGACCAUCAAAAGCGAGUUCCAUCCUGCUCCUUGGAUAAGCAAAAAUUGGGCUUGUUGUGGCAGUACCGUGAGAUAUUCAGAGGGUUGCAGGAAAUGUGGAGAUUGGGCUAGUAUUAGGAGUCUCAGCUCUCUGGACGUCAGCACCCACUCCAAUAACACAAUGCCUGGAGAAGGUACCCCUGGCACUCCAUCAUCGAAGCAGAAAGAAAAAAUAAUGCCGCGGACGAAAGUAGUCGCCCUGUAUAAUUACAAAGCCAUUGAAACCGGAGAUCUAUCGCUCGAGAAGAAUCAGGAAUAUGAUGUUAUAGACGAUUCCCAAGAACAUUGGUGGAAAGUCAAAGACACUAAGGGGAAUGUGGGGUUUAUUCCAAGCAACUACGUGAAGGAGAAGGAAUCCCUAGGUUUGCAACAAUAUGAAUGGUAUGUCAACGAUAUGUCCAGACAAAGGUCCGAAUCCACCUUGAAGCAUGAAGACAAAGAAGGAUGUUUCGUCGUCAGAAAUUCUUCUACCAAAGGUCUUUAUACAUUAUCCCUCUACACAAAAAUACCUCACCCCCACGUCAAACACUACCAUAUCAAACAAAACUCGAGAGGGGAAUUUUUCCUUUCCGAAAAGCAUUGCUGCCAAUCUAUACCGGACCUGAUAAACUAUCACAAGCACAACAGCGGUGGUUUGGCUUCUCGAUUGAAGACUAGCCCCUGCGAUAGACCAGCACCAGCCACUGCUGGCCUCAGUCAUGAUAAAUGGGAAAUAGACCACGAUGAUCUAAUGCUUCUGGAGGAAUUGGGUUCUGGACAAUUUGGGGUAGUGAGAAGAGGAAAAUGGAGAGGAUCUAUUGACGUCGCUGUGAAAAUGAUGAAGGAAGGCACAAUGUCCGAAGAUGACUUUAUUGAAGAGGCCAAAGUGAUGACAAAACUCCAGCAUACCAACUUGGUACAACUUUAUGGCGUUUGUAGCAAAAAUAGACCAAUUUUUAUAGUCACCGAAUACAUGAGGUAUGGGUCACUGUUGAAUCACCUAAGGAGACAUGAACAAUCUUUGAGCAGCAAUCAAGGCCUUCUUCUGGAUAUGUGCAUACAAGUGUGCAAAGGUAUGGCAUAUUUAGAAAGGCACAACUACAUACACAGAGACUUAGCUGCCAGGAACUGUCUGGUUGGAACAGAUAACAUAGUAAAAGUAGCCGAUUUCGGAUUAGCAAGAUACGUUCUGGACGAUCAAUAUACAUCUUCCGGUGGUUCUAAAUUUCCCAUCAAAUGGGCUCCACCUGAAGUGCUGAACUAUACUCGAUUUUCUUCAAAAUCCGAUAUAUGGGCAUAUGGUGUGCUGAUGUGGGAAGUGUUUUCUUGUGGCAAAAUGCCUUAUGGAAGGUUGAAAAAUGCUGAAGUUGUCGAGAGAGUUCAAAAAGGCUUGAUUUUGGAAAAACCAAAGGCCUGUUAUAAAGAAGUAUAUGAUGUAAUGAGAAAAUGCUGGGCCCACCUGCCGGAGAACCGGCCUUCUUUCAAGGUGCUCAAAGAGACCCUGGUCGGGAUAUCGCAGCGCAUCGUGGUCGACUGA